UGCACAGAAGAAGAAGAAAAAGAAGAAGAAGAAGAAUGUGGACUCCCUGCAGAGAAAGGACUGGUUUGUUCGGUCCAGAACCGAAAAGCCGAACCGGUACCUGAAUAACGGCAGCAGAACCGGACCGAACCGUUUGGUCUCUGCGCAUGCGCCAGGCUGCAGGUUCGAACCCAAACGGCUGCUGUUCCAGUGUGAUCCCAGCAGGACCAUUCACAUUCGGUUCGGUUCUGAAACUACACCAUGGAUCCGGGUCCGAUCGGAACCAGACUAUUGUGCAGAACUGAGACCAUGUGAGGGCGAUGCUGCAGCUGCCCCUGCUGGUGACGGCCCAGGUGGACCUGGUGCUGGUUCUGGUGUCCCUGCUGUCCUUGUGGACCCGGCUGAGCCGGCUCAGCUACCCCAGCUCGGUGGUGUUCGAUGAGGUCUACUACGGCCAGUUCGUGUCUCUCUACAUGAAGAGGGUCUUCUUCAUCGACGACAGCGGCCCGCCGCUCGGUCACAUGAUCCUGGCUCUGGGAGCUUACCUGGGCGGAUUUGAUGGCAACUUUGUGUGGAACCGAAUUGGAGCAGAGUAUCCCUGCAGCGUCAGCGUGGCGAGUCUGCGGCUGCUGCCGGCUCUCUGCGGAGCGCUCUGCGUGCCUCUGGCUUACCUGCUGACUCUGGAGCUCAGGUUUUCUCACCUGUCGGCUCUGGGAGCUGCACUGCUGCUGCUGCUGGAGAACUCCCUGAUCGUCCAAUCACGCUUCAUGUUGCUGGAGUCCCUCCUCAUCUUCUUCGUGCUGCUGGCCUUCUUCUCAUACCUGCGCUUCCACAACGCCCCCAGCAGGUCCUGGUCCGGGUCCGGCUGGCUCCUCCUGUCCGGUGUCUCCUGCGCGGCUGCAGUCGGGGUGAAGUACACGGGCCUGUUCUCCUACCUGCUGCUGCUGGGCGUGGCCUCUGUGCACACCUGGAACCUGAUUGGAGACCGAGCUGUGAGCCAUCUGUGCGUGUUUACUCAGUGUGUGUCCAAAGUUCUGUGUCUGCUGGUGGUUCCGGUUCUGCUCUACGUCUUCUGGUUCUACAUCCACCUGAGUGUCCUCCACCGCAGCGGACCACAUGACCAGCUGAUGAGCUCCGCCUUCCAGGCCAGCCUGCAGGGAGGCCUCUCCAGGAUCACUAAGGGGCAGCCCCUGGAAGUGGCGUUUGGUAGCCAGGUGACAUUAAGAAGCUCCGCUGCCCAGCCUGUUCCCUGUUGGCUUCACUCACAUAAAGCCAACUAUCCAAUCAGGUAUGGAAAUGGGCGUGGCAGCUCUCAUCAGCAGCAGGUUACCUGUUAUCCCUUCAAAGACGUCAACAACUGGUGGAUCGUCAAAGACCCAGGCAGACAGGAACUGGUAGUAGACACGCCCCCCCGCCCCAUCCGUCACGGUGAUGUCAUCCAGCUGGUGCAUGGGAUGACCUCACGCUUUCUCAACAGUCACGAUGUGGCCGCUCCCAUGAGUCCGCACGCUCAGGAGGUCUCUGGAUACAUCGACUUCAACGUGUCCAUGGCAGCUCAGAACCUGUGGAGGGUGGACAUCUACAACAGGGAGGCGGAGUCCGAGGUGUGGAAGACCAUCGUCUCUGAAGUCCGACUGGUUCACCUGAACACAUCAGCGAUCCUCAAGCUGAGCGGCGUGGCGCUUCCAGACUGGGGCUUCCGUCAGCUGGAGGUCGUAGCAGAGAAGCUGCAGAAGGGGCACAGCAGCAGUUUGGGCUGGACGGUGGAGGAGCACCGAUACGGAACCAGUCAGGAGCAGAAGGAGCGGGAGGCGGAGCUUCACUCUCCGACGCACAUCGACGUGGACAGAAAAAUCUCUUUCUGGUCCAAAUUCACGGAGCUCCAGUGGAAGAUGCUGAGCGUGAAGCAGGAGGAGUCUGAGCACAAGUAUAGCUCCGCCCCCCUGGAGUGGCUCACCAUGGAGACCAACAUCGCCUACUGGCUGCACGCCUCCACCAACGCUCAGAUCCAUCUCAUUGGUAACCCGGUGUCAUGGGGCGUGGCCAGUCUCAGCCUGCUGGCCUAUCAGCUGCUGGCGACUGUCUACACACUCAGGAGGAGGCGGGGCUUGAAAGAUCUAAGUGAUGGUGCGUGGCAGCGCUUUGUGUCUCUGGGCUUCGUCUGUGUCGGCGGCUGGAUGAUGAACUUCCUGCCCUUCCUGCUGAUGGACAAGACUCUCUUCUUGUACCACUACCUGCCGGCGCUGUGCUACCUGUACGUGCUAAGCCCCGCCCUGCUGGAGCACGUGCUCACACACCUGCUCAGCAGCAGGACGCUGCGCUCUGCACUGUGUGUGUGCACCGCCGCCGUCCUCGUGGCCAUCUUACUGUCCUACUGGAACUUCUGCCCUCUGACCUACGGCCGCCCCGAGCUCUCAGCCAAUCAGCUGCAGGCGCUCAAGUGGCGAGAUAGCUGGGACAUCCUGUACCGCCGCCGCUGAGACACUAACAUUGAGACUGUUCUUUACCACCCGAUGGAGGCUCCUGAACGCAUCGUCAGAGGUCACGUUGGAGGAGGAGCUUCAGUCACGUGACCUGAUGAUGUAAGCGUGAUGGCUUCCUGUCUUGUGAUUAAAACAAUAAAAGCUGAUCAUUAAAA